GUCUCCAGCUGCCCCACUUCGCCUGCAGCGCUGGGGCCUCCCAGCCCCUCUACCCUGGACAAGAGCACGAAGGAGCUCGUGAACGGGGUCCUCUCCCCCCGACUGAAGCCGGAGGCGGCCUCGGUGGCUGCGGCUGGGCCAGGGGAGAAGGACGCAUCCAGACAGCAGCUCCUGGAGCUGAGAGGCCGGCUGGGGAAGAUCCACGGCCUGGUGCAGAAGGCCCAGGGGGGAGCCACCAGCCUGGAAGCCAGCGGCGACCUAAAGAGCCGGCUGCGACGGGCCCGGCUGCUGGAAUCCAAGAUCCGCGAGAGGAAGCUUUCUCUGAAGGAGGAAGCGGGGAGGGUCUCUCGACUCCAGCAAGAAGAAAAGGAUCUCGAAUCACCGGCAGAGAUCAGUGAGAAGGUGCCGGCCUACCAGCGCUUCCACACCCUCGCGCAAGACGUUGCCCCUGGUCUGCUGCUGCCGUACAAGUACAAGGUGCUGGCCGAGAUGUUCCGCAGCACCGACACCGUCGUGGCGAUGAUGUUCAACCGCUUGGAAACGGUGACCUUCGCCAAGGUCAAGCAAGGCGUGCAGGAGAUGAUGCGCAAGCGGUUUGAAGAACGGCACGUGGGGCAGAUAAAAACGGUGUACCCGAGUUCUUACGUUCUGCGCCAAGAGAGAAACGUUCCCACCUUCGGCGGAGGGGACAAGCAGAGCACCUACCAGCUGACCAUUGAGCCGAUGCUGGGAACAGGCGAGAAGCUGACCGCGUCCCGGCUGAUGGAGCGCCGGACCACCUUCUGCAGGAACUUGACAGCCAUCGUCAGAGAGCACCACAAGGCGUUUCUGGCUUCUCUCAGCCCUCCAAUGGUGAUAGCGGAGCAGGACCUGACGCGCUGGCACCCUCGGUUCCGAGUAGACGAAGUGCCUGACGUUGUGCCCGCUGAGGUGCCCCAGCCUCCCCAGGUGGACAGAGUUAGCACGGCGCAGGAGGUGCUGGCCAGGGCUCAUGGCACGCUGACACCCAAGAUGGAAAAGGCCUUGACUAACCUGGUUCUGAGGACGGCAGAAACCAGUCCCUCGGCCCUGCAGCCGCCUCACCCGGCUCUCCCCGGGACCCCCAACAGCCUGAAAGGCGUCUCGCAGUCCUUAGUAGAAAGGGUCAGGGCCAAGGAGGCUCAGAAGCUGCAGGCGCUGAUGACACGGGACCCCCAGCGGGAGCACUGGCUGGCGAUGCUGGGCCGCCUGCCAGAGAUGGCACGCGUCCUCCGCAGCAUCUUCGUGGCAGAGAAGAAGCAGGCCCUCUCCAUGGAGGUGGCUUGCCAGCGGAUGAUGGAGAGCUGCAGGGCUCUCAUGCCCAUGGGAGAGAUGGAAAAACACCUUCGCCUCUUUGCAGAGCUCCUGCCGGACUGGGUGCGCAUCCUUUCCGUUCGCAAAGAGAGUUAUGUGAAGCUGGACAAAACAGUUGACCUCAAUAUCAUAACUGAGAGGCUGACUGCAAGGAAGGAGGAGGAGGAGAAACUCUGACUUUGGGGGAGGAGACCCCCAAAAUACACUUGCUGAGGGGCUCGGUUUUCUAGGAAAGCUUUCUUGGGGAGCAUUACUUUUCUUGGCCUUCUUCUAGAGCUAAGAUGGUGGAUUUUUCACCCUAGUGGAAAACUUCCAAGUUGGGCAGCUUGGGAAAGGUGUGGCUGCUUUUCUGGGAAGGGGGGGUGGAAUCCCACAUGCCCCACACUUGCCUGAUAGCGGAGAGGAAUGAUUUUUUUUUUUUAAAGGAAGGCUUGGUCUGUCUUGAAAUGUGAUUUGUAUAUGGAACUUGGCAUUA